AUGGGUUUCCCAUGUGCUAGCAUUAGAAUGCCAAAACUCUUGGGCAUAAUCAUCGUUUUGAAGAUCCUACGCUUCAUCAACUUAAUACCAAGCCUGUUUUUCAAGGACCCAAGUUCGAUUGACUCACCCGAGCAAGAAAUUGAACCCAACGGGAGCUCUGCAAAUGAAGUUCCAGCUGAGCAGCAGCCAUCCGCAUCACUGGUCCCAGCACCAGUAAUUCCUUCCACAACAUCAAAGAAUCUUCGAGUUGUUGAGUUCGGUGCUUUUCUGGGGCGGCUGAAUCAGGAACAGGAUGGAGAUAGUCCAUGCUCAAUCUGCCUGAAUGCAAUCGAAAGGAGCCAUGAGAUUAGAGAGCUGAGCAACUGCACACAUGCCUUCCACAGGGAGUGUUUGGACAGUUGGGUGGGUGAGGGUCAUGGGACCUGCCCGCUCUGUAGAGCCAUGCUCUUCACGGGGCUGCAGAGUCGAGACCCUAGUGCCAUCGAGGGGAAUUAUUACUUGUUCGGUGAGGAAUAUCUCUAG